AUUUGAAAACCAUCAGAAGCCAAAUUUCACAAAAAACCGUGACAAGUGGAGCUAGCGCUCUGUGAUUAAUGUGUUCAGUAGAAAUAUAAUCUCCAUACAAGCGUUAAGUUGAGACGGAAUUGAAACUAUUGAUAGCGCACAGCAAAAGGGAGCUGAUAACCAAGUGAAAACGUUAUGCUUCCAUGACCGCACACCAAUUGCAAGUGGACCUCCGAGCGAGAGCUUCAAGUCAACCUUUGGAGUGCUGAGCCAGGGAGUCUGACGAACAAGCAGCAACCAAAUUUCUUGGUUAAAGAGUCAUUGACCUUUGCUCAAUUAACGAUCCAGUAUUUCUUCAUGGCCACCGCUGCAGCACCUUCGUUUCAUUCGACAAAAGAGACAACCAAUUACGCCCGCUUAUGCAGGCUUCUAGUGGGUGUUAGUGCACAUAUCUUGAGAGAGACAUUUGACAAAAGGCGUCCAACAGGAGACCUGCACACAGUUUUGUCAGAUCCUCCAGUUCAUUCAGUCUUAAAAUCACUUCGAAAGAAAAGAAUAGUCAACCCUUCACAAUGGGACAAACUGUACCCCGCCAUCAAGUCUUCAGUUUCAUCAAAGAAUUUCGAUAUCACGUUACUGAUGGUCCUGCUGAGGAACAUUUGUGGUCUUGUUCCUCCGGCUACCGGCUGGGAUACACUUCCUCCUGCAGCAGACACAACCCUUGAGGCAGAUAUCGUUCGUAUCAAGUGCUACAGAAACACAGUUUAUGGUCAUGCCAGCGAGGCCUCAGUUGAUGACGCAACAUUCAAUCAAUACUGGCAGGACAUCCAGGAUGCAUUGGUGAGACUAGGAGGAGCUGGUUACCAAAGUGCUAUUGAUGAUCUGAAAAAGGAAUGCAUGGACCCUGAUUUCGAAGAACACUAUAAAGAGCUUCUUAAACAGUGGGUAGUGGAUGAAGUCAGCAUCAAAGAAAGAUUGGAUGAAAUGACAGAGCUAUUAAAGGAAGCAAUCACUAGUCCUACAAAAAAGUUUAAAGCAGGAGACAAAG